CGGAAAAAGACGUCUGAGAUCCAGGCUUCAGGGCAGCGGGUAGCAGCAGCAACACGAGGAAAGGAAUCAACGAGAACCAUCCCAGGAAUCCAACUGUCGUACCAGAACAAAACUCCAUAACCCCCUCCCAGCUCCAUGCAAGCUAAUAUUAGCCCAUACGGAACUACUGAAACCAUUCCUCUUUCUACCAAGAUGAGAGCUCAUACGGGUAUUUGAUAACCAAAAGAUUGCACCACCAACUAUCCCGUUCCACAGCAAACUUCGAAUGCCAUUUACCCAACAAAACAUAAUAACUAUUUCUUGUUAAGGUAUGAUAACUUUUCCUCUUUCUUUUCUUAACUUAAAGUUUAGCUCAUCCUUUAAUCAUAAUAUUUUAUACAUCCUGAUUUCUUUUUCUUAGUUCACGAGAAUUCAAUUAUCGUUUAAAGAGAAUAUCAAAAGAUAUUUCCGCAAACUUUUGGCCAUGAACUUGAUAGUUUGCAAACAACAACUCAUUCAUGGAUCUUGACAUUACUACAUUCAAACAACAACCAUCUUUUAAAAUUCGCAUACCUAAUUUUUUUUCAUAGUGCAUAUAACACAUUUAAAGUUUCGUAAGUGCCAUCACAAAUUGAUGUUGAUUUGGUUUGAUAAUGCAUAUGAACAUAAUUAUCGUUUCAAACCUCCAACUAAAAUAACCAAAACUCUCUUAAGAUAAACUUUCUUUGUAAUAUCAUUGUUGAUUCCGACUCAAACCUUUCGACUACUGACUUCACAUCAACCUAAAGCUAAAAAACAAUAAUCCGGGUUUGACUUAAUAUUAGAGUUCUUGAUUUUUCACAAUCAUUCUAAAUCCAAAGUCUAUUACAAACUUCAGAGGUCUUGAAGGUAAUUAGCCUAAUAGCCUUAAGGGGGGAAAUAAUGUUGGACGAAAUCGAUAUCAUUGCAACUACAAAUUCACUAAUUUUCGUACAAUUAUCAUAGUGAAGUGAUCGGUUUGCAACAAAAUCGAUAGUUCGGGCGGUGGUAUGAUAAUUUUCAGCCAAGAUAUGUGGUUCGGUCUGUUACUGAGCUAAUACGGCGCCGUUGCAACCCUUGCUUAUGCAGCAGUAGUGAACUUUAGGCAACGAAACGACACGGAAGUUUGAGAACCGGGAUCGUGGAGCAGUGAAUCGCACGCGCGAUGUCUCUUCAUCCUUAGUUUGUCUCACGCUCUUACUCUCUCCCCUCGGCCCUCUUCCUCCCUCCACGCCAGUUCUGAUUUCCCCCAGACGUUCAAUCGCUCGACGAGGGAGAAGAAAUUCACACCGGAGUUUUGCCCGAACACUCGAAGGUCGAUCGAAUCGACGCCGGAAAAUGUCGAGUGCGUUGAUAGUCGGGGAUGCGAGUUCCUGGGCUCGAGCGCUCGUUAGGAUCUCUCCUUACACCUUCUCCGCCAUCGGUAUCGCCGUUUCCAUCGGAGUCUCUGUCCUCGGUGCCGCCUGGGGAAUCUACAUUACUGGGAGUAGCUUGAUCGGCGCAGCCAUCAAAGCUCCUCGGAUCACCUCUAAGAAUCUCAUCAGUGUAAUCUUUUGUGAAGCCGUUGCCAUAUACGGUGUUAUUGUGGCAAUUAUCCUGCAGACGAAGUUGGAGAGUGUUCCUGCUUCACAGAUCUAUGCUCCUGAAUCCCUUAGAGCUGGAUACGCAAUUUUCGCAUCUGGGAUUAUCGUUGGCUUUGCUAACCUUGUUUGCGGGCUGUGCGUGGGAAUCAUAGGAAGCAGCUGUGCAUUAUCCGAUGCCCAAAACUCCUCACUUUUUGUGAAGAUUCUCGUGAUUGAGAUCUUUGGUAGUGCUCUGGGACUGUUUGGAGUAAUUGUUGGCAUAAUCAUGUCUGCUCAAGCUUCAUGGCCUACGAAAGUGUAAGGAUAUAUUUUCGUUGCAACGAUUUAAGAAUCAAUUUAUCGCCGAAUUCAGUAUCUUAUUAUCCCCAAAAUGUACUAUUUAUCUUAUUCUUUUAACUGUUGUUGUGAGAACUUGUGCGAAAAUGAGGCAUUUUUGUAAAUUAGUUUCCUCGAACUUGAAUAAACCCUAGGGCAAUGGAGUUGUUGAUCCAUUUCCAUUGUAAUGCUGCAAUUUAGUGUUGUUCGUUCUUUCAUAAUAGUGUCUGUCCUGGAGUGCCCUGGGAUGAACUGAGAGUUCUGCAGUCGCUGGAACUUCUUGGCUAUAGAGAGAAUCGCCUUAACGACUGUCACAUCAGCAGUUUUAGCGACAGAGAAGCAUAGCUAAGAAGGGCAUGUUUUUUUAUACUGAAGUUCUUCACAAUCCUCCGAACUAGCAGCCUUCGGGUCAAACUUCUUUCGAUCAUGAACAAUCAAUCGUUGGACUUGCCUGGAAAUCACUGGCAUCUGAAACUGCUGAUAUUCAUCCAGAUCCGAACUCAAAUUCUCACUCGACUUCUCCACACACGUAUCUAAAACCGAUGCGUCUAACAUUGACAAGUUUGUGCUCCUCAAGUAAUGUGGAAUCGUAGGGUGAGCUGCAUCGCCAACCAACACCACAUUGUCCCAGAAUUGCUUCUCCAAGGGAGUGGCGUAGCAUUUGGUCUUCCCCCUCCCUACAAUCAGUUGCCGGCAAGGUUGUCAACUUUGACCCUGACCCGGUGAGAAAAACGGGUCGCACACACCCGCCGGGUCGACCGCUAUAAGAUACCGGGUUGGAGGUCAAAUUGUGUCAUUUUUUUCUUUGUUUUGCGAAAUGCGCCUAUUUUUCGAUUUUUCUUUUCGCCUAACUCAAUCUUUGGAAUCCAAAGUUGAACAUUUGAAUAUUAAUGUUAUAUAAUUGUGUGUGAAUUUUCACUAUAUGUUGAAUCUAAGUACGAAAUGUUAUUUUGGUGUAAUAUUAUAUGUUAUAACUCAUAUGUUAGAUGAGAUUUGAUAUAAUUUAUCAGGAUAAGUACAAUAUAAUGACGUUUUCCAUAUUUCCGGGCUAAACCGGGCUAAAACGGGUGAUCCAUUAACCCUUGACCCAUUAGCUCAACCGGGUCCGGGUCAACCCGCGGGUUGACAAUCUUGGUUGCCGGCAAGUUGUCAACCCGCGGGUUGACCCGGACCCGGUCGAGCUAGUGGGUCAAGGGUUAAUGGGUCAACCGUUUUAGCCAGGUUUGACCCGGAAAUAUAGAAAAAGUAAUUAUAUUGUACUUAUCCUCAUAAAUUAUAUCAAAUCUUAUCUAGCAUAUGACUUAUAACAUAUAAUAUUACACCAAAAUAACAUAUCGUACUUAGAUUCAACAUAUAGUGAAAAUUCACACACACUUAUAUAACAUAAAUAUUCAAAUGUUCA